AUGAAAGCGCCAAAACGUACACCAUGGUCAUCUCGAUCAGAAUUGGAAGAAUUGUUUGAAAUGUUAUUCUCACCUAGUGCUGAUGUCGAUUCUAGACGUAAAGGAGUAGCUAGAAUGAGUAUCUACAUUUCGUCGCCUUCAUGUCCAACUUUCAUCCAUCUCCUACACUCUUUGGUUUCGGUGGAAUUAUUACCUUAUCCACCUAGAGGAAUAGAAGAAAAUCAAAGAUUAAGAAUGAUGAUUGGGAUGGCUGUAGUCAGGUUCAUCAACGGUCUGGUAGAUCCUCUGCAGAAUGGUCCAUAUGCAAGACCUAUAUCCCAUUUAGCAGCAUCCCUUUCGAUCCCACCAUCGCUGAUAGCUUUGAGACAUCAAGCUACGCAUGAAGAUUUACCUCCACUACCACUCUUACAUCAAGCUCUAGGACAAUGUAUAGCAUAUUUACAUCAUUAUUCUUUCCUUCCUUUAUUAGCAACUUCAUCAUCGACGUUACCUCCAGGUGUGGAAGAACGACUACGAGCCAGUGAAAAGAGGGUGGAGAGUCUCACAAGGCGCUGGAAGAAAGUCAUCAAAACUAGGUUAAGAGAGAAGGAAGUGAGGGAAGAAGAUCAAAGUGCAAUUGAAAUGAGAAAGAUACAAAGAGAUUUGACGAAUGAACCGACUGAUGUUAUAGUGGAUGUCUUAGUUGGACAAGGUGGCUUAGUCCCUCUAGCUAUAACGAAAAGAGCAACUUUCAACGCAAAUUCACCUACAACACCUUCACUGAAAAUAUGGUUACCACUCUUAUCGUAUCUGACCGAAACUGCCCAUCCGGAUUUAAUAACUCGUCUAUCGUCCAAUAUACUUGACUUAUUAUUAAAUCCUUCAUAUGAUUAUUCAUCUGGUUUCAAGUACAAUGUCGGUGUUUCUGUAGACACGGAAGGUCAGAAAGAGGAUAAAGAAAGUUUCAAGUGGAAUUUAGCAGUUUGGUUGAUCUGGUUCUGGUCAACCUCGAACGAUUCUGUAAACUUCAUUUUGUCAGAAGAGGAUAAAUCGGAAUUCUCCAGAAGGAUUAUCAGCGUUAUGAUAGAUUUCCACGAUGAUAUAGUGAUACGUCGAUUAUUCAAAGCUAUAUCAUCAACUUCUGGAUCAAAGUUAAAUGGAAUGGACAAUCUUUUACCUGAUCCUGAACUUGAAGAAGAUGGUCUGAAAGGUCUCGAGGUAGAUGCUGAAAUCUCAGGGGAUGACAAUUUGGAUCAAAUGGAAAACAGGUUGAAACAAUUCGAACAACUUGCGAAUUCACGAAAAUCAGCUCCUACAACCAAGGCAAUAUCCAAAAAUCAGAUUUCCACUUUACCCGAUGCAAACACGAUUGACGACGAAAUACCAGGAUGGCACAGAUCGACUUCACAAGAAUGGAAUCCUUGCCCUAUCGGAUGUUCAGGUAGAGCAUAG